UUAACUUUGACAGCUACUUCUAAGUUCGUUUUAAGCAUCAAUUCGUUUAUGCAAAUAGAGAGAAUCUCAUGUCAUGUCUUAGAAAACAAAAUUGCUCAGAAACUAUCUUUUUGGUUUUGAUUUUAAUAUUAGUAGGAAGAGAUCUUUUAGGAAUCUAUUCCUCUGUUUUUUUCUUUGGUUGAGAAGGACCAGAGAAACUCUCUUGUUUUGUUUCAGAGAAUCUCUGUUUGUGGUCUCUCUUUAUGAAAUCUUUAUCUCUAUCUUCUUUCAGAUUCUGCUUCUUCUGUCUAGUUACUUAGUGGCCAAGAUUCACUUAUUUGACUCGGCUGGCAAAAUCUAUCGAAUAUCUUAUCUUCUUGCAACUUGUUGAGAGACUUAAAGCUCUACUUACUUUGUUUGUUGCUUCUUCUUAUCCUUUGUCUUGUUCUUCUGUGUCUUGGUAAUGGUAUAAAUUACUUCUUUUUGGUGAAAUUGCAGAACAAGUGAAGAGCUUAAUAUCCACAAGACUCUCUUGUUUCUUUCUUAAAUGGCUAAAGUUUAUUGGCCGUAUUUCGAUCCUGAAUAUGAGAACUUGAGCACCAGAAUCAAUCCUCCAAGUGUCUCUAUAGAUAACACUAGCUGCAAAGAAUGCACUCUUGUCAAGGUGGACAGUAUGAACAAACCUGGAAUACUACUGGAAGUUGUGCAAGUCCUGACCGAUCUCGAUCUCACAAUCACCAAAGCAUAUAUCUCUUCUGAUGGUGGAUGGUUCAUGGACGUAUUCCAUGUCACUGAUCAACAAGGAAACAAGGUUACUGAUAGCAAAACCAUUGAUUACAUCGAGAAGGUUUUAGGACCAAAGGGUCAUGCUUCGGCUUCACAAAACACUUGGCCAGGUAAAAGAGUCGGUGUCCAUUCAUUAGGCGACCACACAUCGAUUGAGAUUAUUGCUCGUGAUCGUCCUGGUCUAUUGUCUGAGGUCUCAGCCAUACUAGCAGACCUCAACAUCAAUGUGGUGGCGGCUGAAGCAUGGACUCACAACCGUAGGAUCGCGUGUGUCCUCUAUGUGAAUGAUAAUGCAACUUCUAGAGCCGUUGAUGACCCAGAAAGAUUGUCUGCCAUGGAAGAACAGCUCAACAAUGUGCUGCGUGGGUGUGAACAAGAAGAUGAGAAAUUUGCUCGGACGAGUCUCUCCAUUGGAUCAACUCAUGUUGAUCGAAGGCUUCAUCAGAUGUUUUUCGCUGAUAAAGACUAUGAAGCAGUGACCAAGCUUGAUGACUUUGCUUCUCGUGGACUCGAGCCCAAAAUCACGGUUGAGCAUUGCGAAGAGAAAGGUUACUCUGUGAUAAACGUGAGCUGCGAGGAUCGACCAAAGCUCAUGUUUGACAUUGUAUGCACGCUUACGGAUAUGCAAUACAUUGUGUUUCACGCCACGAUUUCAUCAAGCGGCUCUCAUGCUUCUCAGGAAUAUUUCAUUAGACACAAAGACGGUUGCACUCUUGACACAGGAGAGAAAGAGAGAGUUGUCAAAUGUCUAGAAGCCGCAAUCCAUAGACGAGUCAGCGAGGGUUGGAGUUUGGAGCUCUGCGCAAAGGACAGAGUUGGAUUACUGUCGGAAGUGACAAGGAUUCUGAGAGAGCACGGGCUAUCAGUGUCGAGAGCUGGUGUGACAACAGUAGGAGAACAAGCCGUCAAUGUUUUCUAUGUGAAAGAUGCUUCAGGGAAUCCAGUGGACGUGAAGACGAUUGAGGCUUUACGUGGAGAGAUCGGACACAGUAUGAUGAUUGACUUCAAGAAUAAAGUUCCGAGCAGAAAAGGGAAAGAAGAAGGUCAAGCCGGAACAGGAGGAGGAUGGGCCAAAACCACUUUCUUCUUUGGGAAUUUGCUGGAGAAGUUGCUGCCUUGAGAGAAAAGGUAACUAUAAAUGUGUGGAUAAAAUGUACCGUAAAAUGUGUAUUAUGUAUGAUCUAGAGGGCCCUAGUGUGGUGUAUGAGUGUAUGACUUGGUCAGGGAUUUUGGUGGUUUGCCCGAAACUAAACCGAACCAAAACUGGUUUUCGGUUACUUAGUCAUAGUAAAAUGAACAUGUCUAUAAAAGAAUAAUAUGCAACUCUUCCUAUUGGAAGGCUUGCUUUUGUCUAUGUAAUAUCAAUCCUUGUUAUGUAUUAUCUUUGGCCAAAUGUGAUAUUUUCUGUAGUUUAAUC